CUGAUGGCAGUUGAGGCCGUUGGGGCAGCUGGAGCUGACAUAAAGUGAGAACUGUUGGGGGGAGGAGGAGGGAACAGAGCUCCGAGCCCCCCCGCGCCACCACCCUGGGAACCCCUUGACUCCCCCCAUGGACCCCUCAGGCACAGCACCAGUGCCCUCAGCUUGGAGCCCCCUCACCCCUAUGUGGUGUUUUCAGGAGGGGGGUCACGGCCAGGGCUGACUCAGGGCCUAUUUAUAGGGAAAGAGAAGUGGGGAGGGAAAAUCAGGCGGGUCCAAAAUCCCCUAAAAUCCAGGCUUGGGGGGAAGGUGGGGGGGUGGAGCGAUGGCCGCCCCCCUCCCUGGAAAGCCCCACUGUGCUAUGGGGCCCCUAUGGGAGAUGCAUUGUGGGGUGGUGCUGCCCAGCAGGCCAAGACACGUUGUUCGUUAACACGCUGCUCGUUAAUGUUCUCGUUAACACACAUCCGUCCGUGCCCCACCCCAACGCUGGGACUCCCAUCCCUGGGGGGGGGGGGUCUGGGCUGGGUGAGGCUGUAUGGAUCCAUGUGGAUCCCAUGAGGAUCCCGUGUGGGUCUGGGGUAUUUCCCAUGCAGAUUCUGGGUGGGCCCAUGGGAAUCCCACAUAAAUCUGUGUGGAUUCCAUGUGGUCCCAUGCAGAUCCCGUGUAGCUCCCAUGCAGAUCCCAUGUAGCUCCCAUGUGGUCCCAUGCAGAUCCUGUGUAGCUCCCAUGUACAUCAUAUGUAGGUCCUUACGGAGCACAUACAUGUUGGUUCUGCAUGGAUUCUAUGUGAAACCCGUGUAGCUCCCAUGCAGAUCCCAUGUAGCUCCCGUGUACAUCACAUGUAGGUCCUUACGGAGCACAUAUAUGUUGGUUCUCCAUGGAUCCCAUGUCAACCCCAUGUCUGUGCAUGAAGAUCCCAUGUGGAUCCCAUGUACCAGAGUUGAGAGGACCCUGCAGCCCCCCCAGUUCUGCCCAACAAGCUCAGCCCCACGCGUGUCCCCUGCCCCCCCCACAGCGCUCACCCCAUCCCCCAUAAGCCCCGCCCCUUUCCCACUCGGGGGCGUGACCAGACGUGUGGGCGUGGCUUCGCCCGCUAAAUGGGCGUGGCCAGCGGGCUGCGCAGCCAAUGGGACGCGCUUCCGCCCCGCGCGGGUAUAAGGCGCGGCGACUGUGGGUUACAGGUUCGAUUCCCGUCGCCGUCUUCUCGGUUCUGUGUUCGCCGUUCUGGUUCCGUGCGCGGUUCCGCUGCCGGUUCGGCCGCAUGUGCGCGCGGAUGGAGCCUCCGUUUUUCCGUUCUCCGCCUUCCCCGGCCGCUUUCUGCCGCCCGGAGCCCGAUUACAGCAUGCUGCCCGCGGGCUGGGCCCCCACGGAACCGUUCCGUGCGCUCAAACCGUGCACCGACGGCGGAUUUUUCGGUGGCGGCGGCGGCACCGGAGGGGGGGGGACUUUUUUCUACCCCCCCACGGCGGAACGCGACUCUUUCCCCACGAGCUUCGCGCAGGCGCUGGAUGAGCUGCACCACCCCGGACCCCCCAACGUCAGCCUCCCGGAGCCCCCCCAGGGGAUGGCGGCACCGGGGGGGUCCUUUCAAGCGGUCCCCACAACGGAAGGAUCACCGGAGCAGCCCCAAGCGGCGGAGUCUCCCGAAAGGCUUCAAGCGGAGAGACGGCGGCUGAGGAACCGGUUGGCGGCGAGUCGGUGCCGGCGGCGGAAGCUGGAGCGGAUCGCUCGGUUGGAGCAGCGGGUGCGGGGAUUGCGGGCGCAGAACGCCGCGUUGGCGGCGGCGGCUGCCGGGCUGCGCGCUCAGGUGCGGCGGUUGCGGGGCUCCGUGCGGGACCACGCGGGGUCGGGCUGCCCGCUGCCGCACGGAGCCGCGCUCGGCUUCUAAAGGGAGGUGGGGGGGGGUCUUGCGGGGUGAGGGACCCCGCGGAGAGCACGGAAACCCCCCAUCAAAUAGAGCCCCGGCGGCUCCUGAUGAGACUAUUUAGGGGUCUUCUAAGGGACCCCCCCGCACACAGCGGCUCCAGAUGGCACUUGAGGGGGUGCUUCCACACGAUGCGGACCCCGCCGCGCUGACGGCAACGGAUGGGAGUUUUGAA